UCUCCACUCCAUUCAUACCCUCUCUCCAACCCUGAAUCAUCUCCUCUCCAACCCUAAAUCAUCUCUCUCCGAUCCAAAACCCAAUUAUGUCAAGCAACAACCGUCGGAACCCUAACCCUAACCCUAACCCUAGCAGGUUACAGCGGCGAGCGCCGGCAUCGAUUCAAAUCAACCGUUCAACAGAUUGGAAUGUGGCGAUACCGCUUUUAUCGCCGUUGAUUACUUCACCUGAAGAAGGAAACCUGAAAUCGGCUAUAAAUAGGAUUUCUAAUUCGAGUAAUAAAAAAGAGGAGGUGCUACCGGAGAAACCGGUAAUGGUUUUCAAGAAGUGGCAACAUCCUGCGGCGCCGUUUUGUCAUGAACAACAAACGGCGCCGUUUAUUCAGUUUGUAUGUACAGGAACCGGUGAUAGACGGUGACAAUUUUAUAGAUCUAUAAAAUCUUAGAUGUUAAAAGUAUAUGUAGAUCUGAUUUUUAAGCUCUUAUAAACAAAUUGUUCAUAGUUUUUUUUUUUUUGUUAGUUUUGUAUAAUUAGAUUAUUAACAAGUUAUGAAUACUGAUCGAAAAAAAAAUUCACUCUC